CGAAAAUGUUGGAACCCGUUCUCCCGAGAGAGGGCUUAGGCGGUUCGAGCAUGGAAUGUGCAUUGAGAGUUCCUGGAGGUGAUUGUGUCAAAAAUGGGGGCACGCGUUGCACGGUUGUUUAGGGAUUUUAAUUUAGAAAACCGAGUACAUCGUGAGAUUGGGAAGGCAAAACCCGAAGUGGCACCCCGACAUCUGACCCAUAUUGAUCCCGUUCAGAGUACAGAGGUUACUGAGAUCAAUGAUGCCAUCCACAAGAGAAACGACAACCUCCUGGGGUUGCUGAAGUCGGUGUAUGUGGAAUCAAAGGAUCCGACCGAGGCUCCAAAGGAGGUGACUGAGGAGAACGUGGAGGAGCGCAGGCCACUGAAGUUCAACCUACCGGGAGACCCCUAUGGGAUCGUGGAGCUCACUGAUGUCCCCAAAGGCAAACUGUCUAUUGCUGAGGCCCUAAAAGCUCUUAACAAUCACAAGAAUGCUCCCCAAACAUGGACAUUGGACAAGGUUGCCCAGGAGUACUCUCUUGACUUGAAAGACACUAAAGCACUUCUAGAGCAUUUCAUCCCCUUUGAGGUUAAGAUCAUACCUCCCAAGACAAAGGAUGAUUCAAAGCAGAUCAAAGAUACCUAGGACAGAUAUGCAGUAUACCUGGCCUUUAAAGACAUCUAUCAGCCAAGUGAAUUAUUUAUUUAUGUAAAUGUACUAUCGGGUUGUCUGCCUUGCUUCAAGGUUCAGGAUAGGAAUAGAGAAAGUGUGGGAUUAUUUGUUUUUCUGUUACGAAACGAGGGAGACGCAUGAUUUAAACCCAGUACACUACUGUUCAGAGCCAGACAUGUUACCGCCACUCCCAAGAAAGCUAGCUUCAUUGUGGGAAUGGUAAUCAGUGUUGUAAACGGCAAGGUCAUAACACUACUCCGUAUGAUUUGUGUCAGUCUUUAGUAAAUCUCGAUACAAAUUUUAAUAAUGACAAAAUCAACCAAUUCUAUAAUUGUAUGAAUGAUGCGAUAUUGGCCUGCAAAUCCAUUCAUACGACUUCGCUAAUUGCUUUCCUAACAAGGCUUUCAUCCCUGUAUCACAACUGACAGUAAAUUGACUGUCACUUGCUAAUUUGGCAUCUUUAUACAAAUCGCAAUGUACUCUCUUCAAUUUUUCAUUUAUAUGAGCCGAUGCUAUGUAUUUCUGUAAAUCCUAUUAACAGUGGGAAAACAUUUUGAUGUCAGAUUUUGUUUGUCUUCCGUGGGUAUCCAAGCAAGCACUUGUGUUUUAAGUACUGUAUCAUGAUUAUAUACACUACAUGACCAAAAGUAUGUGGACACCUGCUCGUCGAACAUCUCAUUCCAAAAUCAUUGGCAUUAAUAUGGAGUUGGUUCCCUCUUUGCUGCUAAAACAGCCUUCACUCUUCUGGGAAGGCUUUCCACUAGAUGUUGGAACAUUGUUGCGGGGACUUGCUUCCAUUCAACCACAUGCAUUAGUGAGGUCGGGCACUGAUGUUGGGCGAUUAGGUUUGGCUCGCAGUUCGCAUUCCAAUUCAUCCCAAAAGUGUUCGAUGGGGUUGAGGUCAGAGCUCUGUGCAGGCCAGUCAAGUUCUUCCAUACCUAUCUCAACAAACUAUUUCUGUAUGGACCUCGCUUUUGUGCACGGGGGCAUUGUCAUGCUGAAAUUGUCAUGCCCCAAACUAUUGCCACAAAGUUGGAAGCACAGAAUCAUCUAGAAUGCCAUUGUAUGCUAUAGUGUUAAGAUUCCCUUCUGGAACUAAGGGGCCUAGCCCGAAACAUGAAAAACAGCCCCAGACCAUUAUUCAUCAUCCACCAAACCUUACAGUUGGCACUAUGCAUUUGGGCUGGUAGCGUUCUCCUCGCAUCCGCCAAAACCCUGAUUUGUCUGUCAGACUGCCAGAUGGUGACGCGUAAUUCAUCACUCCAGAGAGUGCUCCAGAGUCCAAUGGUGGCGAGCUUUAUAGCACUCCAGCUGAAGCUUGGCGUUGCGCAUAGUAAUCGUAGGCUUGUGUGCGGCAGCUUGGCCAUGGAAACCAAUUUCAAGAAGCUCCAGACGAAAAGUUAUUGUGCUGACGUUGCUUCCAGAGGCAGUUUGGAAGACGGUGGUGAGUCAGAUGAUUUUUACACGGUUAAGUACUCUCCGGUCCUGUUCUGUGAGCAUGUGUGACCUACCACUUCGCGGCUGAGCCGUUGUUGCUCCUAGACGUUUCCGCUUCAAAAUAACAGCACUUACAGUUGACCGUGGCAGCUCUAACAGGGUAGAAAUUUGACGAACUGACUUGUUUGAAAGGUGGCAUCCUAUGACGGUGCCACGUUGAAUGUCACUGAGCUCGUCAGUAAAGCCAUUCUACUGCCAAUGUUUGUCUAUGGAGUUUGCAUGACUGUGUGCUCUAUUUUAUACACCUGUUAGCAACGGGUGUGGCUGAAAUAGCCAAUUCCACUAAUUUGUAUUUGUAGUGUACCCCGCCUCUCGUGUCAAUAUCAUCAAAAGGAAAUGUAAAUUAUAAACUAUUGAUCAGUAACAUAAUGACUGCUUUCAAGUGAGUACUACAGUAUAGUAGUGGUCAUCGUCGGUCACUAGAUCUUUGCUAUAAUUUGAAAUCUUCCAUGCACCUUUUGGAUAAGAUCACUGUUUGUGGGAAUGUCCUUCCUAAAAGUGUACAAAACAUUCGGAACAUAUAUAGACCGACCAGGUGAAAGCUUUGAUCCCUUGCUGAUGUCACUUGUUAAAUCCACUUCAACCAGUGUAGAUGAAAGGGAAGAGACAGGUUAAAGAAGGAUUUUUAAGACUUGAGACGUGUGUGUGUGCCAUUCAGAAGGUGAAUGGGCAAAAUACAUUAUUUAAGUGACUUUGAACGGGGUAUGGUAGUAGGUGUCAGGCGCACUGGUUUGUGUAUCAAGAACUGUAACAGGUUGGGUUUUUGCUACUGGGUUUUUCACACUCAAAAGUUGUGUAUCAAGAAUGGUCCACCACCCAAAGAACAUCUAGCCAACUUGACAUAACUGUGGGAAACAUUGGAGUCCACAUGGGCCAGCAUCCCUGUGGAACUGUUUUGACACCGUGAAAAGUCCAUUGAGGCUUUUCUGAGGGCAAAAGGGGGUUCAACUCAAUAUUAGGAAGGUGUUCCUAAUGUUUUGUACACUCUGUACUUUGCAGGGCCAUUUAUUUCAUAAAAGAGUAGAAUCGUGAUGUUUCAUUUAAUAAAUCAAAC